UAGUUGCUCCCUUGAAACAUACCUUUAUAUUUUAAAGUCUGCAAGCCUCUAACAUGAUUUGCUUUUUAUUCGUAAUCGUUGCAGCUUUUUGUACAUGCAGGAGUUAUACUCUGAAAAAAUUCACUGCUGCAGUUUAUGAACAUGUCCCAAUUCGUCCAGGCUCCAGUAUGUCACCUGUCACCACGGAAGAAGCAUUUGCUAAUAUGAACAAAAAUAUAGAUGUUUUGGAAAAAGCUGUGAAAUCGGCAGCAAGACAGGGUGCACACAUCAUAGUGACACCAGAGUAUGCCAUUUGCUGUUUAGGUCUGACCAGAGAAACUGUCUAUCCAUAUCUUGAAGAUAUACCAAGCCCGGAGGUUAACUGGGUUCCUUGUUCAGAUCCAAAAAGAUUCGGUUCGACACCAGUACAGGAAAGACUAAGUUGUAUGGCAAAGAAAAAUUCUAUUUAUCUGGUUGCAAAUAUUGGAGACAAAAAAGUAUGUAAUAUUAGUAAUGACGGAUGUCCAGAGGAUGGUCAUUACAUUUAUGAUACAACAAUUGUGUUUGAUCUUGAAGGAAAACUGAUUGCCCGUUACCAUAAGUACCAUUUGUUCUUUGGUGAAUCACAGUUCAAUCGACCAAAAGAGCCAGAGAUUGUUACUUUCAACACACCCUUUGGGAAGUUCUGCAUUUUUAUUUGCUAUGAUAUAUUAUUUCAUGACCCUGCUGUAGCCUUGGUGACGCAGCACAAUGUGGAUACUGUUAUUUUCACUACAGCGUGGUUUAACACACUUCCUCACUACAGUUCAAUUGAAUUCCAUUCAUCAUGGGCAAUGGGUAUGGGAGUCAACCUUCUGUCCUCAAAUAUUCACAACAGCAGCUUGAAAAUGACAGGUAGUGGAAUUUUCUCCCCAGAUAAUCUUGGACCAUAUUACUACAAUAAAGAUACUGAUGAGGGACAGUUGGUGAUUUCGCAACUCAGUUCACAUCCAAGGAAUUGUAACACACACCCACCCAUCAAAUGGGAUUUAUAUGCAUCGAAGAUUAGACGGUUUCCACCUGGAAGCAAUGUCUUCAAUAAAACCAUUUUUAUUGAUGAAUUUACUGUUACUGAAAUUAAUAAUCCUCAAGGAAAUUACACAGUUUGUCACAAUAAUCUCUGCUGCCAUUUAAGUUAUAAAAUGCUGAAAAAGCAAAGUGAUGAAGUUUAUAUACUUGGAGCUUAUGAUGGUUUUCAUGGACCCCGCAAAGUUUUCUAUGUAGAGGUUUGUACAUUAUUGAAGUGUAAAAAUGUGGAUAAUUGCACCGGAGAUGAAGAAACGUCAUCAACCAAAUUUGAGUCAUUUUCUCUCAGUGGUACUUUUGCAAGUUCCCAUGUAUUUCCUGAGGUGCUGCUUAGUGAGGUUACUUUGGCUCCUGGAAUGUUUAAGGUAUUGAAAGAUGGACGUCUUGUGAGUCUCCCUAAUAUAUCUUCCAAACCACUUUUGAGCGUCAGUCUUUUAGGAAGAAACUAUAAAAGGGAUCCAGAAGGAAUAAAUGUAUCUUUGUUAACUAGAAAAAGUAAACAAAACUGAAGGAAUUACAGUCCAUACAUAUGUGUGCUAAGGUGUUAAGGAAAAGCUAUUUUUAGAAGUUAUAUUCAAAAAAAAAAUGAACACACCUUAAAAUUCUGCAUUAAAGCAUUUUUGAACAGCUGGAAUUCAAAUAA